GGACAGAGGAAGCUCUGAAAAAAUAUGAAGAAGUGAAAUCAAUCUUCAGUGAGGCCUCGAUGAAUAUAAGAGAAUUCUUCUCGAACGAUAAAAGUUUCAAUACUCAAUUACCCAGUUACGAUCUUGCAGAGUUUAUAGCUUCUCAUUUCGAUCCAUUAGGUUUCUUAGUUCCAACAAUGAUAUCCUUCAAACUAUUUCUUCAAGAUCUCUGGAAAAAGAAGUUACCAUGGGAUCAACCACUAAACGAGCAUGAAAGCCAAACGUGGAAUUCCCUUAUAACUCUAUGGCCAACAUACGUAAAGGAGAUACCACGCGCUGUUAUCAACACAUUUCAAUAUACAAGUAUCCACGUGUUCACUGACGCGUCCAUCAAAGCAUAUGCAGCGGCAGUUUAUGUGAAACAAAGUCCGACAACGUCCUUGAUUUUUGCCAAGUCAAGAGUAGCCCCAAUCAAAACGAUGACGAUACCGAAACUCGAACUAUUAGCAAUCUUAAUUGGAGUAAGAGCAGCUCAAUUUGUUAUCAAACAAUUGGAAUUUGAAAAUGCACAGGUGAUUUUAUGGUCAGAUUCGCGGUGCGCAUUGCACUGGACACAAAACCAUUCUCGACUCUUACCAAGAUUCAUCCAAAAUCGAGUCGAAGAGAUACGAAAGGCCAAAUUUGCGUAUCGAUAUAUUCGAAGUGAGUGUAAUAUUCGAAGUGAGUCCAGCAGACAUAGCUACAAAAGGAAUAUCACCAAGCGAUCUGGCAAAUUUCACACUUUGGUAGAAUGGACCCGAAUGGCUAAAGGAGAAAGAAUCAAACUGGCCCCAUUGGGAAUAUGA